UGUGCCAUAUUUAGGUCUCGGCGUUGCUAGACCUUGGCUCUUCUCGAUGUGAAUGCUCUCAAUUAUAAACAUCUUGUCUGUGCAUGAUCAUUUUGAUUUUUUGAUGGUCUAAAUGUGGUGAAAAAUGCAAGCUACGUUUUCUGGAUUUUCAGUUGUUGCAACUUUUAUCCAUGUAAAUGGCAUGCUGGGGAUUUUCCAAAUUCUCCAGUGUAGAUGAGUUAUAUUUUGUUAGCUAAGAAAACAAAAAUUCCUACAUAUAUAUCCCCAAUUAAAAUUAAAUGCAGCCAGAGGAAGUAGACUUAUUUGUCUAUAGAUGAUGCAUCAGCCUGGUUGAAAAAUAUACACAGCUCAGUCAAUAUGAUCACUGUUGCUUAGGUUACGUAAAAAGACUAGAAGUAAUCUCAGAAUAUUGAAAUUCAUGUUCAGUGUAUAAGGAAAUAAUUGCUGUAUCACAUAACUCAAUCUGAUAAUGAAUACACUAGUAGUCUUUUUAUUGUUACAUGUGUAUAAACACAAACACACAAGGGAUGACCUUUUGGUUGGCACAGACAUUUGAUCUACUUUUUGAGUGUAUUGUGAUAUACUGGUUAGGAAUUUGAAUCCUGAAGGAAUUUUUUUUCGCUGUACUUAUUGAAUUGAACUGAAUUGAAUUAAUGAUUGAAACAUGAAUAUUAGUUGUCAACAAGUCUUCACAUAGCAGGCCAGGGUUAGGGGUUUUUUUUCUGCCUUUGAGAGGAUUUACUUUUUUCAAAGAAGAAGGAAAAGUUACAAGAUUUUGCAUGAAUUUCAUAGCAGGUUAUACAACUUAUGGAAAGCAAAGGGUGCACCACCAUUUCCACUUUCUCUGUGUCUAUCCUUGGCUAUGACCCCUUCUCUGUUAUUGCCAGAAGCCCCCAGGCUUAGACAACUUUGCUGCUAAAUCUCUCUUAGAUAAGAGACCUAAUCUGAUGUGGUUUUUGUUCAAUAGCUUGGACAAACUCUUUGGAGAAAGGGGGCUGCAUAAAAUGUUUUUAUACUUCAACUUACUUGAGGCAUUCACUGUACUAGUAUUAGCUAAGAAAGAUCUGAUCCUCCUGUUUGCUAAGCUUAUCAGUUUUAUUGGAAAUCUUUGUUUUAUUAAUAAGCUACCAUGCAAUCUCAGCAUUAUGUUCUACAGUUAUGUUUACAAAAAUGGGAAUCAGGCACCAUUUGUGAUACAUCUUUCUGUUGAUGAUUCCAAGCUAAUGUUGUGAUUACAGAUAUUACAGGUAAUGGUUCUACUGGGGAUGACAUGACUGCAGCCCAUUUCAUGUUGUUAGAUUACCUUUUUAUUGAUUUUGGUAAUGUGGAAUUUUGUCUGAAAUGUAAAAUUGCCCUGUAUCCAUUUUGCUUCUGAGGGAUAGUAAAGUUAAGACAUGGGGUGUUUUAGACCGAGAAUUCAGUUCAAAGCAUGUUACUAUAUGGGAAUAAUAUAUGCAAAAGAUUGUUUUAUUGCCUCCGAGGAGCAGUUCACUCCAGGACUUUUCAGACUGAAAUUUGGUCUAAAUGCUGUUCUCAGCAAGAUUCCUUAAGCUGGGAUCUAGAUGUACAUGUCUAGGGCAGAGUGGGACCUCAUUGUAACCCCCCUCUCAACACAGAGGUGUAGGGAGACAGUAAAAAGGAUACAAGGUCCCAGGCAUGUCUUUGUACAAUGGUAUUUGCUGUCGUCUCACUUGUGUGAGCUUAAAAUAGCAUGUAGUUGAAAGAAUUAAGCUCGUUGAAAGAGGGAAUGCAUGGCCAGAUAUGUGUGUCCUGUACUAGUACUGUAUAAUGGGCAGACUUAAUGUGCAUGCAUGAGGUUACUAUACUGUGUUAUAUAGCCAGCGAGGGAUACACACACACACACACAUAGAGGAAUGGUGCUUAGGCUCUCAGCUUUGGGAAAUCAUUAACUUUGAUGGCAGUGUAGUUGGAGAUUACUGUAGUCCUAGAUCUGGACCAGUUUGCCACAUGACAGCAGUUUCUGUGUGUGACUUUAUAGGCUGUGCUCUAUAAUACCAUUAUAGUAUACCAGUGACAGGCAGACGACAUGGACGGCGGUGGCGGAGACAUCCUGAACUGUAGCGAGGACCAGUUUGACCUCCUGGUCAGACAGCUGGACAUGCAGGAUCGGAUGAGUUGUAUCACCACCUUAUCACUGCUACAGAAGGAGAUGGCGCGAGAACAGGAACACUUCAACCAGUUGACCGCCCAGCUCGCGCAGGCACCGGACAACUCUGCGGAACAGGACAAAAUCUCUGAGCAGCUUGUCCAAUCACAGAACAGGUUACAAAUGCUAAUGGGAAGGAAUAUGAAAUGUUUCAGUCAGCAAUCUUUCCAUCCAAGUGUCCAAAUCCAAGAUGUACCAAAUACUGAAACUGACACCAAGAAGAAGCCACCCAAGCCAGCCAGGGCAACCAAUGGCUCAGUUCAUGUUGACCAAGGGGUCAGGAAAGACCAUAGUACUGUGGUGACCUCUGCACCUAAACUUACUGUGAAACCUUUGGAGAUUGAGACGGAGAAUUCCAUUCCAGUUGAGAUUAGAAACUUUCACUCUGCAGAUGUUGUUAUAAUUGAUCAGAAUGAUUCCUCUAAUGGUAAGAAAAAUGACGAGAAAAGAGAAAGUGACUUUGAAGAAAGUGAUGAGGAUGAGGAGGAGCAGAAAUUUUUCAUAACAGUCCCAGAUGACAUUAAAACUGAUAUAAAACUCUCUGUCAAACCAGAGCCCUAUUCACAAACCAAAGAGGAUGACCUUGUUGAGAAAACUGUUGCCCCUACAGUACAGGCAGUUCCAGAUGGAAAGGAUUUUAAACGUGAAUCAUCUGUGGACCGUAAAGCUAAAGCAGACACCAUUGCACAGGCGGCAUUCAGCAAUUUAAAAGCUCAGAAACGAAAAAGUCAAAGUGAAGAUGAAAGUCUGCCUGAUGCAGAAGUAUCCAAAAACAUUCCAGUUAAAAAUGUAAUAAUUAUUGAAAAGACAGACAAAGUAGGUGAUAUGAAACCACCAAGUGAACCUUCCAAACCAUCUCACAGUUCUGAGAACACACAAAACAAAGGCUCUGAUGAACGUCACAAAGUUGCUGCAGAAAUAACGCUUGGUGAAGAAAAGUCCAAAGUAAAUGACCAAUCAGAAGCACUUGUAAAUGGCUCUGCAGAACCUCUGCCAGAAGUGGAGGAGAUGUCUGUGAACCACCUAAAGGAGGAAACAAUAGAGGCCGUUUCUCAGCCUCCGCCAAAGAAGAGUGGAGGUGUCAAAGUUAUCAGCGGAAAAAAGGCCGAGGAGGAACGAGCUACAAAGAAAACUGCGGUGAAGCAGGAAGAGAGUAAGAAUAGUGUCUUUGAGAAAGAAAUUGUGGAAAAGAAGGAAUCUCCUGUUUCUGCUUCAAAAUCAGCAAGCACCUGGUUUAAUUCUGGAGGUGAGGUAGAUGGUGAGGUGGACCAGGAGGAAGAAAUAGUACAGCCAAGGGUGACCUUGAAGAAUUGGGACCCUGUGAAAUUGAUGAAGGAGAUAUAUAGAAUAAAACUUGAACCUCAGGAGGAUGAAGACCUUGCCACCAAGUUCAUCACCAUGGAAGGUUACAUGGAGAAAUUACCCAUGGGAAAGAAAAAAGCUACAUUGCUUAAAACAUGGAAAAAAAGAUACUUCCGAGCCAAAGAAGGAAAUUUGUUCUACUAUGACGACACGGAGAGCCAGAGACAGGACCGUCCCAGUGGGUUUGUCCAGUUAAUGGGGGGCACUGUGGAUGAGAUAGGAGGGAAGGUACUGGGGAUUGACGACGGGCGAGGUCACUACCUCAUGGUACGCUGUCCCACUGACAGAGAAUAUAAUGACUGGAAGGUGGCGCUGGAGUCACAGACUGUAGACCAUAGUGAGGCUACGUAUGUGCGCCCAGUGCUUAAACCAACGCCACAUAAAACAAGGAAGGUGAUAGUGCUGGAUCUAGGCAGCUGUUCAGUGAGAGCUGGGCUACUGGGAAAGGAACCCUCUUUGCCUCAAGUGUUCUUCCCCUGUGUAGUGGCUGUCAACAAGACUACAGGACAGAAGUUUUAUGGUUUUGAUGCCUACAAACCUGAUGUCAGGGAUAGGUCUACCCUGGUGCAUCCCAUAAAGCCUUCCAUUAAAGUGGACAAGUUUACUCUUGACCUGGAGCUGUUGCCUGGAGUGUUGGAGAAGGUGUUCCAGGAAUUACAAAUAAAUCCUGCAGAACAUUGGGUAAUGAUGAGUAUCCCCCAGAACAGUAACAAGCUGAAGGAGGACCUGAUGACCCUCCUCAUUGACCAGUACAGUGUGAUAGGGGUCAGUAUGGUGGCCCAGCCUAUCCUGGCUCUCUACUCGUACAGCAACUCCUCAGGGGUCAUUGUGGACAUUGGGGAGAGGAUGGACAUUGUGCCUAUCAUUGAUGGUUACAUCGUUGAUGCUGGUCUCACGCGGCAGGCAUAUGGCGGUCAGAGGGUGGCAGACGACCUCAACCAUAAACUGACAGAGAAUAGGUAUCACUUUUCUACGGAGGUAGAGAAAUGGAUAGUCCGUUAUGUGCUGGAACAGAUCUGCUAUGUAGCCACAGAUUACAACCAGGAGCUGGUGGAGUGCAGUAAAAACCCAGCCGAGUUCAGAAAGGCACUGAAUCUCACCAACUUCGACGUACCUCAGGGCACCUGUGAGAAGGUUGACCUGGAGGCGGGGCGGUUUAUCAGUCCGGAGGGUUUGAUGAACACAGAACUGUGGGGGAUGGACAACCCCACGGUGCCCAAACUGGUUCACAAGGCAGUGCAGGCGUGCCCCAUGGACCACAGGAGAGAGAUGUACAGACACAUCUAUUUAAGUGGAGGAGUCACAAUGCUGCCUGGCUUUGCUGAAAGAUUACAAAUUGAACUCUCCAAACUGGUGCCUUCUUCCAUUGUGGUGCAGGUACAUGCCUCCCCCCAGAGGUACCAUGCUGCCUACAUUGGCGCCAGCACCCUGGGGAACCUGGGGGUGUUUGAACAGACUUGUAUCACCAGACAGGAGUGGAAGAGCCAGGGUACACAGGCCUUUAAGAAGUGGACGUAGAUUAACUGGAUAUCUGUAUUACCAGACAGGAGUAGAAGAUCCAAGGGACGUGGACAUUUAAGAAGUGGACAUAGGCUAACUAGAUAUCUGUAUCACCAGACAGGAGUGGAAGAGCUAGGGGACACAAGCCUCUAAGAAGUGGCCAUAGACUUAUUAGAUAUCUGUAUUACCAGACAGAUAAAGAGUUGGAGCACAGGCCUUCAAGAGGUGGCGGUUGACCUAUCAGACGGAGCCAUAUCACCAGGAAAUGUCUUAUGUUUGGUAUUUGAACUUCAAAAAGAGACAACGUGAACACAUACCUGUAUCAGGUAUAAGAGGAAUUCCAUUAGACACAAGCCUUGGAAAGUGGGACUAAGAUAAAAUUAAAAACAUUAGAAACAGUGGUGUAUUAUAGCCCAGCAGAAAAAGAAAUCUUUAACCAGACAAAGGGCAGAAAAAGAAGAGAAAGGAGGUCUAUUUAUAUUGAGCUUGUCUGGGAAAUUAAAGACAUGGUUAAGUAAGCUUCAAUACCCUUGAAAUAACUCUGAUAUCGGAGAGAUAGGUCUGUUAGUAUAUCAAGUCUAUGAAAAAAAGUCCAAUAAACCUCAUUUUUUCAAAUGAGACAUUCUGAAAUAUAGAUGUAAGAUUUAAGGACACAGACCUUAAGUAAAGCCUGAUAGAAAGGAUAAAGGUCUUAACAGUAUCAAGAAUGUAUUACCAUUUAUGAUAUUAUAUAUAUCAACAUUCCUCUCCAGUUUAAUUCAUUGGAAUUGUGAUCAUAUUGAAUCCAUUCCAGAUGUAAGGACCAUACCAGUGCCUUACUAAAAUAACAUGGGGGCCAAGUGACCUAGAUCAGUAAAAAUUACAAACUUUGUAGAAAUAAUUUAGCAUACAAAAUCUGGGAGAGACAUUUUCCUAAUUUGGUGAAAUGUAGGUCAUAAAUAAGGAACCCUUACCCUUAUAGUUAGUUUGUGACAAUCAGGUAUUUGUUUUAUGUAUAGGUAUACGUUUAGUAUAAUGUAUAAUUUAUUACAUUUUUAUGAAGAUGUUAAUUGAUGUAAUGUCAGUUGACUCAAGUUAAUUUCAAGUAGGGGGAAGUGAAGUCAGUAUAAAACCAGUAGUGGUACACUUCAACUUGACAAGUAAAAUGGUUUACUCUGCAUUUUCUCUUUUACUACAAAUUGCAGUAAAAUUUAAUGAUUUUUUUUUUCAAAUGUUGGUUGUGAAAUGUAAAUUAUCGUUGGGUCCAACAAAAACAUUCCUUUACUUUUACACAAAAUUGAUGUUAUAUUUGAAAAGUUUAUAUUUGAGACCCACGUAUUUGGGCCUAUUUAAAAGUUGGUUGGAUAAGUUCAAACUACAAUUUUUUUUUCACGAAAUGGUUGUUAGCCCUGUUGGUAAUAUUAAAUGUCCACCGUAAUUAGUUAUCUGCAUAUUUUCCCUUUUAACUGUAGAUAAUUAAUAUAUAUAUUGUAUCAUUAAACUUUAUAUCACAUAUUACGGCGUGUUGCAAUGUCAUUAAAUGUUUUUAUGUCAUAAUUAUUAAUUCACAAUAUCAGAGCAGUAUAUGCAUAAUAUAUUGAACUACCAAAUGUUAUAUAUAUAUGUUUAAUUAUGUGUAAUUAUUGUAUUUUAAAAUUGUUUACAGAUGCAAUUUACUGUUUUGUCUUCCUU